AACUAUCAUCAGAUUCAGAUUCAGAUCGAAAACAAAAGGAAAAGGGGGAAAAAAUGGUUCAAGGGAAGAUUGAAGUCCUUCUCGUGGGAGCCAAGGGCCUCGAGAACAAUGAUUACCUCAAGGACAUGGAUACAUAUGCGAUCCUCAAAUUCUGCAGCCAGGAGCAGAGGAGCAGCAUUGCUUCAGGAAAAGGAGUUGAACCUGAGUGGAACGAGAAUUUCGUUUUCACAGUCUCAAACAAUGUUUCGGGAUUCAAAAUAAGGCUCAUGGACAGUGAUUCCGGCAAUGAAGAUGAUUUUGUGGGGGAAGUAGAGAUUUCUUUAGAAGCACUGUUUGAUGAAGGAAGCCUUCCCCCCACAGUUUAUAAUGUGGUCAAGGAUGAGGAAUACAAGGGAGAAAUUAAAGUCGGUUUUACUUUUACUCCAGAGGAAAAUCGCUCGAGGGGCUACGAGGAAGAGAGCUAUGGUGGCUGGAACCAAUCUGGUUGAAGUUAUAAAAAGCUCCAGCUCCAGUCUAUGUCAUGCAACUUCAGCCUUUGUUUUGUCAAUAAUGAAUGCGUGUAGUUAAAAAUGGAAUCCUGGUUUUAGAGAUGAAAUUUACCCAUGUUGUCCAUUUUGAUUUCGACGUUUUAUCAACUAUCCAUGUCAGUGGGAUGUCAUUUAUAAUAUUUUUAGUUCCCAUUCGAGAGUGAAUUUAAGCUGUAUUAAGACGUUUUCUCCAAUCAAUAUGUAUUGUUUGGCUUCAUGUCUA